AAAAAACCAAAGCAGCAGAGGGGCAGCUGUUUAAUCGCAAUUAGUGUGCGUGCGCUAAUCAAAUGCUCCUCUCCUCUGCCCUCCCGACCGUUGCUACCCCAUCGGCCAGCCAUAUCCCACACCGCCCUGCCGCGGCCGCCGACUCCACUCGCCUUCGCCCUGCCGCCGGCUCCAUUCCACUUGAUUCGCCUCGCCGGAGAUUCUCGCAGGGACUAGUUUGUGGGGGAAUCCCAAAUCAACGAACCUGUGAAUCCUCGACACUUCUGAAACAUGAGAAGAUUCUUUUUCUUUGGGUCCCCUGCUGCAAACCCUGGUGACGGAAAUGAGCAACCGAUCAGUGAUAAUAAGACUAGUAGACAUAAAAAGACAGAUGAGGGAAAGGACAGUUCCGGUUCCUGCAGCACAAGAUUGUCGAGAUCCAGAAGCCGUCGUCAGAAGCGGAGCAAGGAGGAACCAGCCAAUCCCAAGCAACUCAGGAGGUCCAUGUCGUUCUCAUCACCGGCCAGAAACAGUUGUGUGGAUGAACGAUGCUUUAGCUUCUCGGGUGAUGUUCCAUGCUCUUUGUAUGAUGAAUCUGAUGCACCCCACCAUGCCAUAGAUGUCGUUCCCGACAUGUGGUCGCCAGAAGGGAAUCCGUUCUUGAGAGAUUAUGCAAUAAAGACCCCAAAGGGUCAUUCUGCCAUGGAAAAUGAUUCUCCUCGUUCAAAAUGCUAUUCAUGCUCAGCAGGGCACUCUCCUGUUAGUUCUCCUGUUGCAAUACAAUGCAGAUCAACAAGACUACGCAAUUUAUUAAACAAGAAUGAAGUACUAGAUCGGUACAUUGAUAGAGGGCAUGAAGAUGCAAUCGUAAAUGAGAAACAGAAGCAGUGUGCCCCUGCCACAUCUAUGGUUUCUAAUUUGGGAAAGCCACCUCGACCCCAGUCUACAGUACCAUCCAUACCAAAAUCAAUGAAAGAGACAACAGAGGGCUACCCAGAUGUGGACUUAAAAGAUGCCUUUCUUUGGCGACUUGCUCAAGAGGGUACAGGAGAUACCCACAAGAUUACAACUACGUGCAGUGCAUUUAGACGCCACAUAAGCAUGUCAGAAGCUUCUGAAAGAGAAAGUUCAACAUCUGUUGAAGAUAUUUAUGAAGAUUUGCAAGAUGUGAGACUUCCAAAUGUUAUCUGCCCCUCCACUUGUCCUACUUCAGCGGAAGACGAAACUGAUGACGAGCUGCUUCAAAGAGCUAAAGAAGUUGAGUCGAGGUUUAUUAUUCCUUAUGGAGAUGAAUAUGAAUUCAGCAUGCUCAGGGAUAAACCAUUGACCUCAAAUGACAUGUUUCAGUUGAUCCAGCAACUGACUGAAGAUAGGAAACAAUUAGCACAUGAAUUGUCUUCAGAGAUCAAGGCACGUGUCACAGAAAGGUUUGCUGCCAAAGAGCAAUACAAACAAAGAAAGAAUGAAUUGGAAACCAUAACUAGGAGGCUGGAGAAGGAGAAGAGUGAAGUACAAACUACACUGGAGAGAGAGAUGGACAGAAGGUCAGACGAUUGGUCUAUCAGACUAUCAAGAUUUCAAUCUGAAGAAGAGAGACUACAUGAACGGGUGAGAGAACUUGCAGAGCAGAAUGUUUCAUUUCAGAGAGAAGUUACUUUUCUUGAAGCAAAUAAGGCUGAAGCUUCAACGAAAGUUGCAAGAUUGGAAAUGCAAAACAGCAAACUAAAUGACGAUCUAGAGGAACUCAGAAAUGAGCAUGAGAAACUCCAUAGUUCCUCGGUAGAUUUGCAGGCUCGUUUUGCUAAUGUUGUAGAGGAAAGGGACCACGUCCGGGAAUAUUUGAAGGCCAAGGAGGGAGAGAAUAAAGCAUUACACAAAGUGAUUGCAAGACUACAAACAACAUGUAAUGAGCAGGAGAGGACAAUCACAGGCCUGAGACAAGGAUGCAUAGAUGAAUUAGAUAGGAAAUUUGUUGAGUGCACCAACAGUGAUAAAACAAGGAAACUGCAAAUGGAACUUAUUAGACUGACAGGGGUGGAGCAAAAGUUGAGAGGUGAAAUUCGAUCUUGUGAUCUUGAAGUAGAAUCCCUCAGACAAGAGAAUAUUGCACUCUUAAAUCGUUUACAAGGUGCUGGAAAUGGAGCAAGCUUCUCCUUGAUUCGCCUUGACCAGGAGCUUCAGUCUAGAGUGGAUAACCUGCAAAUGCAAGGCUUGUCACUGCUUGAUAAGAUUAGUCAACUUUGCGUUAAAUUGCUGGAUCUGUUGAAACACAAGAGACAUGAAAAUGAAUAUUUGAGUGGCAAUGAUGCAUUAACAUUCAGUGAUUACACUUUUGAGUACCAGAGCCUCAAAGGAGGAAUCGAAGGUCUGAAGCGAAGUUUGAAGGCAAUCAAUUCUAUACUAAAUGAAAAGCAAAAUUCUAAAGAAAAAUCUGGUGAAAUUGCAGCUGAAGGUAGUCCUUCCAAAGAUCAAACGGAUGAUUUUGGACUCAAGCUGAAAGAAGAGGCUAUGCUGAACAGAGUACUGAAAGAGGCAGUCUUGUCAAAGGAACUUGACAUUGAACAAUUGCAAUCUGAUCUGGCAUCUUCACUUCGCAUGCAAGAUGUUAUGAGAAACGAGAUCCAGAGAGUUCAGGAUGAACUUUCUUGCAUAACCCACAAAGCUAAGCAGUUGGAGCUUCAGGUAUCAAAGAAGGAUGAGUCAAUCAAUGAGAUCCAACAAGAUUUCCAGGAAUCUGCAAAGGAGCUGGCUGCUCUUCGUGGAACACUGAAAACUGUGACGGAGGAGAGGGACCUGUCGUGGCAGGAAGCAAAGCAGCUGAGAAGAAACAUCAGCAUCAUGCAGAACGAGGUUGUGUCGCUGAAGAAGAAGAUCGAAGCCCUGGACGAAGACAUACUUGUCAAGGAGGGGCAGAUCACGAUAUUGCAGGACAGCAUCGACAAGCCAUUCGACAUCAUCUGCAGCCCAAGGUCGAUGAGGGAGUUUGACAUGGCGUGAAGACAGCUGCUGUGUCACUGAUGAAGUUCGUGUUAUAGCUGAGACCUUCAGAUAUGACGUGCGGUUUUUUCGUCCUCAAAGACAGAGAGAUGCUUGUGAAUAGUGGCCGUUCAUACGAUUCCUACAGUUUCUUCAUCCAGUACACUUAUGGCUUGUUUUGAAACUCACUGCCCAGUGCCCAGUUUACGCCAUUUGUAAACGUGCAUAAAUUUGGAUGUGCUAAAGAGUACCUGUUCCCUUACUAUCUUCUUCUUCUUCUUUUAGUACUGUAAUUGUUAUUUGGAGGACUCCCGAUUACUGUCUGUCAAUAUAGCUAUAAGAUUGUUGUGUCUUGUGUCUCCAUUUCUCCCUGCUCACUUUGUCAGUGAGUCGGUGGAUGAAAAAAUUCAAGUUGUUGAACAAGGCAGACACAUUUCUUGGCUUGUUAUUACAGCUUGCUCCGAUGUUCUGAA